AUGGCGCAUGUCGACCCUCGUGUUCAAGGCGUUGGUAUCAUCGGGUCAGGCGCCGCAGGGUUGAUUACUGCCCACACUUUGAUACGAGAUGGAUUUUCGGACGUCCAGAUUAUUACUAGGGACUGUACCCCAGGCGGUGUUUGGAGCGAGGAGAGAGUCUAUCCGGGGUUGACGCUCAACAAUGUCCACGGAGAGUUCAGGUUCUCCGGCAUGCCAAUGCUGCCUCCCUCGGACUCUACCCAGAACGGCGGUCGACUAGGCGGCGAAGACAUGCGGCGGUAUAUGCAGAAAUUUACUGAUAAAUUUCUGGCAGGAAAAAUCAGAUACGGAACCAACGUUCUAAACAUGGAGCGAACAGAAGAACCUGACCCCGUUUGGAAUGUUACAGUUAGUAACGUAAAGGGUGGAGAUCUUGAGAUCCUAAAGUUUUCUCGGAUUGUUUUAUGCACAGGGGGCUGCAGUACACCCAAAACGCCUGCUUAUUUGUCGCAGGAAGCCGCGAACAAAGCCGGUUUCCAGGGACUCGUGGUACAUUCAAUUGAUUUUGGUCCGCGUUUGGAUGACAUACUUGCUGCUGUGCCUUCGGGCGGAACCGGUGAUUCUAGUCCCACCGUUGUUGUUGUUGGGGGUGGAAAAUCAGCGCAAGACAUUUCAUCACAUCUCGCAAAUGAAGGGCGAAAAGUUACUGUUGUCUUUGAGACUGCCGACGCUUUCUUAGGCAGUGUGAAGCCGCUCCCAGAUUCUCUGAGGAAAAGCCGUCUUCUGGCUAUACUUUCUCCCCACAUCGAACUGCGGACCAAGCUGGAGCGUUUCCUCCACGGGACAUGGAUUGGCAGCAAGAUUGUCCAUGCCGCCUGGAAUUUCCUGCAACAAGAUUCUUACGCUGCCUUCGAUGUACCGGCUAACUCUCCGCUGCGACGAGGACAUUCUCCGUUCUGGAGUGUGCGAUUGAAUGACGAAGGGGUAAAGCGCGACGACAGUUUCUUCUCGCUCGUUAAUAGAGGGAAAAUCAGUCUUAUCGCCCCUGCUCAAGUUACAGGAUUUGAUCUUGACGGUCGGUCGCUGACUCUCAACAACGGGACUUCGGUUAGGGCGGAUGUGGUCAUUCUUGCUACGGGAUACAACUCUUCAUGGGAAAAUCUAUUUGAUGACCGCACCCGAAUAGAGCUGGGUAUACAAAGGCACGCGCCUGAUCAGCAUGUCAAGGAUGAAUGGGACUAUGCCUCGCUUACCAAUCCACCCUCUGCACAUCCCGAAAAUGAACAAUGGGCCUCUUCUAUCUACCGCGGCAUUGUUCCAGCCAAGAAUAUAUUACGCAGGGACUUCGCGAUUAAUGGAGCUGUCUUCACGACAAAUAACGGGUAUGCUUUUGAAGUCAUGUCACAUUGGAUAUCAUCGUACUUCUUGAAUGAUGCGAUGCGUUUGCCUUCUACGCCAGAGGAGGCUUUGAGGCAUGCUGAUCAAAAUGCUAAAUGGAUGAGGAAACGAUAUCCCGAUCAGCUGCUGUGGUUAAAUGAAAGCUACAGUAGUGCCGUAUACUUUUUGGCGUGGCCGCAAUAUGUUGAUGACCUACUAGAAGAUAUGGGCCUCAAGAGUAUGCGAAGCGGCGGAAACUGGCUGACAUGGCCAUUUAAAGUGAUUGAUGUGCAAGAGAUCGCGACACUUAAGGAAGAGCGGGAUGCACAAAGGAACGGAUUAAAAGGUUAAUGUAUUCGCUUUCA